UGACUAGAGUUUAUUUACUUCCGGCGUAAACAAAUAAUGAUUCUUUGAGCUUUAGGCACGAACCGUUCUGUGCGACCUACCGGCCAAGUUGAUUCAACUGGAAAGGACUAGAUUAAAUGUCUAGACCUCUAACAUAUAAAGCCCUGGUGUUUUUACUUUUCUCCCUCGACAGAUGUAUUAGUUCACCAUGCGCCUUCACUUUCGACGAAUAUUUUACAUGAUCUGCCUUGUUUUAGCAUGUAUAUGCAUCACAAGCACCAUCUAUAUAACUCUGUUCAGCAAGAAAUCCCGCAGGUUCAGGGUUGUGCCAGAGUACAUGAGAGAAGUAAAUCAUGCUAAAAAGUCCUUGGUCAUAGCUAACCAAGAACCACUCUAUUGGGAUUUGACAUCAGAGACAAACAAAUUAGUAGAGAAGCUGAAGGCAAUAAAUUUGACUAAUGAUAAAGAAUAUAAGAUGGAUUUUGGUCCUGAUGAUCUCACUCAAGCCUUUCAAAAAAAUUACAAUUUAAAUAUCUUCAAGAGUGAUAAAAUACCUUUAAAUCGUGAUGUUCCUGAUUCAAGGCCUAGAGGUUGUGCUUCACUGGUCUAUCCUGAUGAUCUGCCAACUACAAGUGUAGUCAUUCCUUUUCACAAUGAGUGGCCAUCUGUUAUUAUAAGGACAGUCUACAGCCUCAUCAAUAGAACGCCAGAGAAAUUGUUGAAACAAAUUAUACUUGUAGAUGAUGCUAGUGAUGUUGAGAUUUUAAGAACACAUCUGAAAAAUUACUUUGAGGAGAAUUUCCCAAAAAAUCUUGUCCUGCUUAUACGCCUGGACACCAGACAAGGGCUAAUACGUGCACGCCUGGAAGGCCUGAAGUAUGUCACAUCUCAGGUGGUAUCCUUUUUUGACAGUCACAUGGAAGUCAAUUAUGAUUGGUUACAACCACUUUUAUAUGAAAUAGUUAAAAACAAGCAGACAAUAGCUAUGGGCCAGUUGGACUAUGUUCAUCGCGAGACAUUAGAUUACAAUUUUUAUCCUGGUUACAGAACACGCUAUGGUUUCCGCUGGGACAUGCAGUUCUUUGAAACCUAUUUUCGACCUGAUCAGUUGAAAGGAAAAAAAGACUCUGAUCCUAUGCCAGGUGUGUUGAUGGUAGGGCCAGGUUUUACUGUGGAUGUCGACUAUUUCAAAAGUAUUGGAGAGUAUGAUGGAGAUAUGAUGAUAUGGGGAGGAGAGAAUAUCGAGUUGGCUUGGAGAGUGUGGAUGUGUGGUGGUCAGCUCUUGCACGUCGCAUGUUCCCACAUUGGUCACAUAGAGAGAUCCCAACCUUAUAGUUUCCCAAAAGGACGCAGGCUCACUGAAAUGCACAAUUAUAAAAGGGCAGUGGAAGUCUGGCUAGGCGACUACAAAAUUUAUGUUUAUAAUUUGUUUCCAGGGAUGAAGGCACUGGAUGUAGGUGACCUGUCAGAAAGGAUAGCCAUCAAGUCAAGAUUAAAAUGUCAAGACUUUUCUUGGUUUAUGAAAAAUGUUUGGCCAGAGCUGAUGCCAUAUAAGGAAAACUCCUCAAUCUGGGGCCAGAUUUCAACACAAGAUGGACAUCUUUGUUUGGAUAACAAUGAUUAUGUUUUUUCUGAUCCUGUUUUGUUGAUGGUAAAACCAUGUACUAGAAAUUUACAGACACAAGGAUUCGCUCUGGGGACUGAUGGACAAUUACGUGCCACCAUUCAUUGUGUUGUGGUGAAAGUUGUUGGUGAAGAUCUCAUUCCUCACAUUCAGAACUGUUUUUUGAGUCAAGUAGACUUUUGGACAUAUUCAAAGGAGCACCAGUUAAUACACCAGAGGUACAAUCUCUGUCUUGAAAUUUUGAAAAAUAGCAUUCUGGUAAUGCGUUCCUGCAACGAAGGCAUAUUUUCUCAGAAAUGGUUCUUCAAGCCUGAAGGAUUGCUAGAACAAAAUAAUUAAAUGGAAAUGAAACAAUGGAUUUCAAAUGUAUGCUGAGUUGUGUUUUCUGUGGUAUAAAUUCUUAUCUAUGAAUAAUAGCAUGAUAUUUGAAAUACUAGUGGCUUGGAAAGGUUGUGAUUUAGUUCUACUGCUUUUUUUUUUAAAUUUAUGUUUGUAUUCUUGAUGUGUGUAUUUGUUUUUUUUAUGUGUUUCUAAAAAUAUAUUUGUAUAUUUUUGAUCAGAAAAUUUUUUUGAUAUGCAAAGAAAAUCUCUUGCCACAGAUAUGCAAUUUUUUUUUUUAAUCAUUAAAAAUAAGUCUUGUACUUAAACUUAUUUAACCAUUUUUGUAUGUGUUCAUGUCAUCUUUAUUUGGAGACACACAAAUGCUGUUUCUUCAUGUCCUCUUUAUUUGGAGACACACAAACACUGUUUCUUCAUGUCCUCUUUAUUUGGAGACACACAAAUGCUGUUUCUUCAUGUCAUCUUUAUUUGGAGACACACAAACGCUGUUUCUUCAUGUCCUCUUUAUUUGGAGACACACAAACACUGUUUCUUCCUGUCCUCUUUAUUUGGAGACACACAAAUGCUGUUUCUUCAUGUCAUCUUUAUUUAGAGACACACAAACGCUGUUUCUUCAUGUCCUCUUUAUUUGGAGACACACAAACACUGUUUCUUCAUGUCAUCUCUACUUGCAAUCAACAUUUAGUUGUGAAACAAAGUGGAGUAAUUAAUUAAUUACAAGAAUUACUUUGUAAGGCAACUAGGAACUAGUAACACAUCUAAAAUAUAUUCAAUAUGUAUCAAAUAAUCAUAACGCAAUAUACAAUGCCACUGUAAUUUUAUCUUUAAAAAUAUUGUUUCUAAAAAAUAAGCUGAGUUGGGUGAGUUGAAGAUAAUAUCAGAAUUUUAUCUAUAUUAACAAGUCUGUAGUGAAAACCUAUUUGUAUAUCAUAGUCCAUAAAUCAAAGCCCCAGGCUAUGACUAUUACAUUUAUUUUUUUAUUAAAUUCUCAAAUAAUUAUUUUUAAAAAUAAUCUUACAUGGCUUCCGAGAAAUACUUGACAACAUAGGUCUCAUUAGUGAAAUAUAAAUUAUGUUAUCAAGCAUAAGUACAAUUCAGAUUUCAUUUGUUUCAACUUUCUCUAUUUUUAAUAUCACAUUGCUUUUAACUGGUGCAAAUGAAGAGUAUUUAUUUUAUAAAAAUUCAAUAAUUUAAAAAAUAAGUACCUAUAGCAUGGUAGAUUGUUUUUGAAUGGUGAAACUGGUCUGUAAUAUCCCUUCCCUUUAAUACACAUUCAGUAGACAUAUCAAUCUUUUCUGCAUUAAAUUGUAUACAAUUUAUAAUAUAUGCAAUGAAAGUUAAACUAACUUAAAUUUGUUUUGAAACAUUUUUUUUUUACUUUUAUAUGGCUUAGUUUGUGACAGCCACAAUGAUAUUUUUUUUUUUUUUUUAGUUUUAUUGAUUACCAGGAAUAGUUUUUAUGUUGUUUUUUUUUUUGUUUUUUUUUAACUUUUGAAGAACAAUGUCAUGAUUUUCCUACUGCUAUUUACUUUAAUCUAUUCUUUUUCAUAAAUACUACUUACAAUAUUGUCUUAUAAUAAACUUUUACAACUUGUACAAAUUCAUGGUCACAUCUAACCAUUUCUAAAACAAAUAGUUGAACUGUAUAUAUUCACCUUUGAUAAGAUAAAAAAUUACUUUCAAGGAACAAAAUAUUAUAAUCUAAUGCAUUAAUUCAGUUGUCAGGGGGUUGGCUGAUUGUUUAAGGUCUUGUAUGGCAGUGGUUCACAUUCAGGAUGUAAGGUAUUCCUCACUGCAUCAAGUUUUAAAAAGAUCAUAAACAUUUGUGUGGGUUGGCCAUGCACAUCACACCCCUGUCAACCAUAAAACUGUUGUUAAUUCUACAUAUUUUAUGUUUAGAAUUUAGGGAAAUUUAUAAUUUUGAGAAAAACUUGUUUUGUGUGUGAAUAGUUGAAAUUUCACAAAAUUUUUCAAAUAUAGUUUCGACCCAACAUUCCAUUACAUUAAAUUUAAGAGACUUAAACUUUGAAGCGAUGCUAAGCUGUAAUGCACUCCCAUUCCUGCUGUUAAUUGCCAGGUUGGCUUAUUAAAAUCUACAAAAGUAGCAGAGCAGUUUUUUUUUUGGGGGGGGGGGGAAAUAAAAAAAGAAAUGCCACUUUAAUGUUGGAACAUUUUUAAAUUAACUAAGCAUUUUUGAAAAUUAAAAAAACAACAAUCAGUAUCAUGUUUUAUCAUCUUUGAUUUCAUUUCUUGCUAUUGUGUUUGUAAAUUUAAAUGUUUAAAUGAUUCUAUCACUUCAGUCAAGCAACAAAUAUGUUUCAAAUAUAACCAUUUGCCUAUUACAUCCAUAUGUAUUCAUUUUGAGUUCAUCAAUCAGCUGAUCUGAUUAUGUGAUCAUGUUCUAUGUUACACAAUUUUUAGUACUUUAGGAUUCGAUUUGAAUAGGGAGUUAGUCCAUUUUAGUAUGUCAUCCAAAUAAAAAUCAUCCAUGAAAUUCAGAUUGUCCACAUAAAACUUUAUUAUGAAGUCCCAAGAUAAAAGUAGGCCCAUAUCGCUUACUCAAGAUAAUCCUCCUCAUAAACAAAGUAGCCCUAUAAAGCACUUGUCAAAUUUCGUUAUAAUCAUUGUAGCCUUAUUAGUGUCUAUAUAAUGAAUCAUUGAUCAAUGAUCAAUGUGACAUGGAAAAGCUAAAUGUAGGGAAGUAAUAGGAUUAACCAUAAUGCCAAAAUAAAACAAUUUUUUUGCGAUUUGUUUCUAUGUAGGUGAAACCUUUUGACAACUAAAUCUCACUUGUAGGAGAUUAACAAUUUUGUUCUUUUCUUUUUCUUCUCCCUACUUCCCUCCCCCUUGCCUUUUGGUGUUACUUUUUGAAGUGCAACUCUACAGCACUCUUUGUCAGCACACAGUUUCAAAGUGCUAAAACAAAACUUUUUGUAUCCAAAUUUCUGAAUGGGAUUUUUUUACAUUACCACCAAAAAAAAUGCUCUUUAACUAAAUUCAAAAAUGCUUUAGUAAUUAAGUAAUUUUUAAAGAAAUAUUUUUUUUCUUUUUUCUAUUGUAUAGGCUUUUAAAAUGCUGACAUAUCUGUUAAUGUCUUUCAUACAAUUAUUGAUAUGUAUUAUAUUGUAAUGACAAUGAAAUGAAUGCUAAGGUCAACAAAGACCUUAAACAAAAUAUCAGUUGUGAUCUUCAAUUGCUGAUUUACUUCUUAUAUCAUAAUCUUUAAAUCUUUGCUUUUUAAUAUUCUAAACAGAAUUUAUGUAAUUGUUUUUAAUUUCAUAAGUUUUGUGUUUUGUUUUUAUGAUUUUUGUUUGUUUGUUUUUUUGUCUGAAAAAUUUCUUUUUCUUUAACAAAGUUUGUGCUCAAAAUAGUUUUGAAUCAUUAUAUUUUAAAAUUUUUAUUAAUUUUUUUUUAAUCAAAAUUUCAUUUAUUUUUAAUGUAAUAUAAAAAAAAAAAAGAAUAAGUCUGGCCUUUUUUGAAUACAUUUUGCAAAUUUAAAGUUUCUUGAAGUGAGGACUUUGCUUGUGUCUCUUUCUUUAUUAGCUCAUUUUACUUAUUGCACCAUUUGGUCAUAAAUCCUUCAUAGUCUUUUUUUAGUACUUUUUAAAUGAUUACUUUAUCUCCACCAUGUACUGGUAUUGACCUUUCUCAACAUAUACAAACAGCUAGUUGCUGUUUAAUUCAUGAACUGGUAUUGACCUUUCUCAACAUAUACAAACAGCUAGUUGCUGUUUAAUUCAUGUACUGGUAUUGACCUUUCUCAACAUAUACAAAUAGCUAGUUGCUGUUUAAUUCAUACCCAAAGACCUGUAAAUCAUUUAAUGAUACCUUGUAUUACCACACCUUAUACUAGUAUUGACCUUUCUCUAUAUUUAUCAGGUGCUAGUUGCUUUUUUAUCAUAUCAAUUGUGAUUUUAUCCAUAACCAAAAUUUUUCCAUAUAUAAUAUGCUUUUUUCUUUAACAAAGUGGAUGUAACACUUUCCUUCUAAUGUGCUGCUGAACUUUAAAGGAGGCUUGAGAUUCUAAUCAGUGCACAAACUGAAGUCAUUUGUCUCCAGUGACCAUAUGCAUGGGAGUGUUGAUAAAGUAUUUGUUCUAUUUUGUUAUUCUUCUUCCUUCGCACUAAGCAACAUAGAUGACUCAGACUUCAGCCUGCUUUCCUUAGCCUUUGAUCAUCCAAGAUCAUCUGCAAGGCAGCAGUUGUUUAGUUUUGGAGGUCUCUCCUAGAUAAACUGCUAUACCUAGCUUACAAGCUUCAUCUAUCCGGGUUUAGAGUAAUAGCACACUAAACUCACAUUUGGCUAUCAUUUCCCUGGAUUUCUUUUUUUUAGAUGUUUAAGUGAAUAUCCUAACCACUGGAAUACCCCGGGGGCCUCAUUCCCCAUGACUGCAAACCAGUUGGUCCUCUGCUUUUUAUUUAAUAUUCACAGCUAGCCCUUCUAUCUAAGGCUCCUUCCCCUAUCUGCCACCUGGGGCUGCACUUGGUAAGAGAUGGUAGCUUCCCUAACUUCUACUCUAUGAAAGUUUGUUAUUUUGUGCAGGUCCUACACAAAUGUAAAUGCAAAAGUAUUAAGUUCUUAGGAUGUACACUAAACUUGAAGAGUACAUACUGGCACCUGGAGACUUGUUAAUAGUGGUGUUGAUUUAUAUUGUUGAAAUAUUAUUGUUAUAUUUUGAAUUUUCCCCAAGGUAUUAGGUAAAUAUUAUUGGUUAAUUGCUACUUAUUAUGUUGUUAACAUUCUAUAAAUUGAAAAAAUCAUAUCAAACUGAAUUUAUGGAAAAAUAUUCUUUAAAAAAAAUAAUUUUAAUUACAAUGUUUAAAAAAAAACAACAAAAAACAACCUGUUCAUUCACUUAAAUCUGAUCAAAAAAAAAAAUCAAAUGACAUUCUACAGAUUGAUAUUGUUACAAUUUCCAUCCACUAAUUUUGAGCCUUAGAAUCAGAACCAUAAAACAGCGUUCAUGUUAUUCAUAUAUGGUGGUCCUAACAUUUUGUGAUCAUUUAAUCCACAGGAUAACUUUGCAUAUUUUUUUGCCAUGUUUUUGUUUUGUUUGUUCUUUUUUUUUUUUUUUUUUCUGGUGUUUUGGAACUUUUAAGUUGAUGUUGUUAUUUUUCAUAUUUGCUUGAAUCUAAUUGGCAGCAGUACUAAAAGUUGAUUGUAGUCUGACCAAUUGUUUAGUGAAAGUAACAUGUAGAAAUGAACGCUUAGUGACUUAAGUAUAAUUAUUGUUCAUCCAAUGAAAAUCGUGCAAUGUAAGCCUACAAACUAUACAUCCUAUAAUUUCAUUUUUUUUUAUUUUACAGCCUAACUUUUAAUUGUUAAUCGAUAAGGAUAUCUUAUUAAUCACAUAUUGAUCGAUAUAUAAUAGAUAUAAUGAUUUUACUAUGAUAAACUAUAUUUUUUUCAUGGUCUUGAAUGAAAUCCAUGACUGUGACUUAUGGCAACUCAUUGAGCCAAUCAAUUGUGAUGCAAUCUAGAGCUUUGUAGACUUUAUGUCAAACUAAUAAAAAUAUUAUUAUUUAA